GUCAGAGCCAUUGCAGUUGUUUGAGUUUUGUGUUAAACGGAAGGAAGAACAGAUAUACUCAGAAGGAGAAGUUGAGAAAAAUUCUGGUCUCAUCAUUUAAAUGAAAUGAAACUUCUUCUUCUCUCUUUCUGUUCUUGCUGCUUUAUUAUUAAUGCAAAGUGGAAACAUUUCUCAGAGGCAGAGCGACAGUGUCAGUGCUGGAUGUGAAGAUGGGGCACACUUCACUCUGUGUGCUGUCAUUAUUCUUGCUGAAUACACUCUUCUAUGGAAAGGCUGAAGUUUCCAGUAAGCCCACUGUGACCCUGCAACCCAACUGGUCUCAGUUUUACCGUGGUGAGACGAUCACUGUCAGAUGUGAGAUCCAUGGUGGAGACACUGAGUGGGAGUAUGAAUGGAGAACACCCAGCUCAAACAACCCUCCAUCACACAGUGAAUACACUAUCAGCAGAGCCGCAGUGUCUGACCAUGGAGAAUACAGGUGUAGGGGCAGAGCAAACAAUUCCUAUACAGAGUGGAGUGAACCCAUCACAUUGUCAGUAUCAUACUAUAAACCUCGACUCACACUGAGAUCAGACACAACAACCAUACCAGCAGGGGGCAGUGUGACACUGACCUGCUCUGUGACAAACUCUGCUGACUGGAGAUUUGAGUGGUUCAGACGCAGCUCACGUUCUUCUGAACCUCAGACCAUCGAUGGAUCAGACCGCACCAACAGCAUUACAGAGGGAGGCAUCUAUCACUGCAGAGGACGAAGAGGAAGCAACAAUUUCUUCACAGAAAACAGCGAUGAAGUCACCAUUUGGAAAACUGUUUCCAGUAAGCCCACUGUGACCCUGCAAACCAACUGGUCUCAGUUUUACCAUGGUGAGACGAUCACUGUCAGAUGUGAGAUCCAGGGAGGAGACACUGGGUGGAAGUAUGAAUGGACAACAACCAACUCAAACAAACCUCCAUCACUCAGUGAAUACACUAUCAGCAGAGCUGCAGUGUCUGACAGUGGAGAAUACAGGUGUAGGGGCAGAAGAGGUUAUUCCUAUACAGAGUGGAGUGAACCCAUCACAUUGUCAGUAUCAUCAGAUAAACCCAGGCCCUCACUGACAGCAGACAGGAAAGUCAUACCAGCAGGGGGCAGAGUGACUCUGACCUGCUCUGUGAGCUCAUCCUCUGGUUGGAAAUACGACUGGUACAGAGACAAUAAAAACUCUGAACCCCGGACCACACAAGGUGUUUUCCAAACACCUGGAAUAAUCAUUGUCUCAGAGGGAGGACUGUACUGGUGCAGAGGAGGAAGAGGAGUCCCAGUUUACUACACAGAGUACAGUGAAGAAGUUAGGAUUGACACCAUUGUCUCAGACAGAGCUGUUGUGAGUCUGCAACCCAACUGGCCUGAGAUAUACAGAGGAGACACAAUCACUGUCAGAUGUGAGAUCCAGGGAGGAGACACUGGGUGGAAGUAUGAAUGGGAAACACCCUCCUCCUACAACAAACCUUCAAAUCAACAUGAAUACAGGAUUAGUUCUGUUUCAUUGUCCCACAGUGGAGAUUACAGAUGUAGGGGCAGAAUGAAAAGUUCACAGUAUAAGAGAACAGAGUGGAGCGCUCCAAUCAAACUGACAGUGUAUGACACAGAUAAACCACUGCCUGUCCUCACUGUGUCUCCAUCAUGGCUGAGUCCUGGAGACUCAGUGACUCUGAAGUGUGAGGUUGAACAUCCAUCAGCAGGAUGGAGGAUUUACUGGUAUAAGGCUGUUCCCACACGGUCAAACAACUUCUACAGCUAUGAGCUGCUGCCUGGGAGCAUCAAUGGGACUGAGCAGGAUUCCUACAUCGUUCAUGGACCAACACACACAGCAGGAUAUGCAUGUAGAGCUGGAAGAGGAGAUCCAGUUUAUUACACUCAGUAUAGUGAACUAAAGUUUGUCUGGUCUGGAGAUUUUCAUCCAGCAGCGUCUCUCACAGUGAGUCCUGACAGAGUGCAACACUUCAUCCAUGACUCUGUCUCACUGAGCUGUGAGGGAAACUCUGCUGAGUGGAGAGUGAGGAGGUUUGAAGGAGGCUACGUGCCAUAUUGCUCUUCUUGGGGGAGAAUGACUAGAUUCACAUGUGACUUCUACACAUCACAGCAGAGUAAUGGUGUGUACUGGUGUGAGUCUGGAUCAGGAGAGUUCAGCAAUGCAGUCAACAUCACAGUGCAGGCUGAUUAUCAUGAUGGUCUCAUCCUGGUGAGCCCCGUCCGUCCUGUGACUGAGGGACAUUCUGUUUCUCUCGGCUGCAGAUUCAGGACAGAAAAUAAACUUUCCAGUGUGUUUUUCUAUCACAAUGAUAAACUCAUCCAAAAUGACACCAGGAGGGAGCUGAAUAUCUCUGCAGUGUCAAAGUCACAUGAAGGUUUCUACAAGUGUCAGUGCUCAGGAAUAAAGUCAGCACAGAGCUGGAUGUCAGUUAAAGAUCAGCACCGUGUCCUCACUGUGUCUCCAUCAUGGCUGAGUCCUGGAGACUCAGUGACUCUGAAGUGUGAGGUUGAACAUCCAUCAGCAGGAUGGAGGUUUUACUGGUAUAAAGCUGUUCCCACACGGUCACACAACUACAGCUAUGAGCUGCUGCCUGGGAGCAUCAAUGGGACUGAGCAGGAUUCCUACAUUGUUCAUGGACCAACACAUACAGCAGGAUAUAAGUGUAGAGCUGGAAGAGGAGAUCUAGUUCAUUACACUCAGUAUAGUGAACUAAAGUUUGUCUGGUCUGGAGAUUUUCAUCCAGCAGCGUUUCUCACAGUGAGUCCUGACAGAGUGCAACACUUCAUCUAUGACUCUGUCUCACUGAGCUGUGAGGGAAACUCUACUGAGUGGAGAGUGAUGAGGUUUAAUGAAGAAGGAUCCCAGUUAUCCUGCUCUUCCUGGGGGAGAAUGACUGGAUCCACAUGUAACGUCGACAUAUCACAGAAGAGUAAUGGUGUGUACUGGUGUGAGUCUGGAUCAGGAGAGUUCAGCAAUGCAGUCAACAUCACAGUACAGGCUGAUCAUCAUGAUGGUCUCAUCCUGGUGAGCCCCGUCCUUCCUGUGACUGAGGGACAUUCUGUUUCUUUCGGCUGCAGAUUCAGGACAGAAAAUAAACUUUGCAGUGUGUUUUUCUAUCACAAUGAUAAACUCAUCCAAAAUGACACCAGGGGGGAGCUGAAUAUCUCUGCAGUGUCAAAGUCACAUGAAGGUUUCUACAAGUGUCAGUGCUCAGGAAGAAAGUCAGCACAGAGCUGGAUGUCAGUUAAAGUACCUGUUCAAAAACAAAGCUCUUCGUUUCCUGUGCCGCUGAUCGUUGGGCUGGUUUCUGUAAUCAUUCUUAUUAUUAUUCUCCUGCUCCUCUUGUAUCGUUAUAGAAAGUCCAAGGAUUCAUGCAUCAGGUCGAUCUGGUCAGAGAGCAGCAGACGGGGCUCCGUCACAAAUCACGGGGUCAACCAGAAUGAAACUCAAAGUCAUGAAUACGCCUCUCCUCUAACUGCAGGUGAUACUUACGAUACAAUCAAAGACUCUGAAGGUGCUGAAAAUGAUGCAGGUGAAUCCCAGGAUGUCAUGUAUUCUCUCAUUGAACUUAAAAACGUUAGAAAGAAGGGGAGGUACCAUGAACCAGCAGACGACACGGUUUACUCUGAUUUGAAGAUAGAAACUACAGAUGACAGUCCCAUGUAUGCCCAGGUCAACAGACAGGCUAAAGGAAGAGCCAAGAAAAAGAAAGGAAAAUCAGCUCCUGCAGAAACUCCUGAAGCUGUUUAUUGUGAAGUGCAACCAGGAACAGCUUUUGGUCUGUAAAGAGAGCCGGAGCUGCAAAACCAAAGAAACAUAGUUCACAACAUUUUAUAAAACCACUGGGUUCACCUCUGUGAUCCAAAUAUAAGAUUUUUUGGUUUUAAUUUGUUACUAGUUUUCAUAAAAUAAUGACGUCAUACUCUCUUUUAUGACGAAGCACAGUUAUCUUGUCAUUCAUUUGUGAAGUUUUUCUUUUUGUACUUUGAAUGCAGGCUAAAAAGCAGCAGUAGUUAACAGUCUGAUACAGUAUAUUUCAGCUUUAGUACCCAGGUUAUUGUGCAGCUUCAAAGUCAGCAUGUUUUUCAGUGUGUGAUGAGAAAACCUCAGGAUGGACAUCAACAACUACCUUUACUGUCCCAUUCAGUCCCAUUCAGAGACUGAUGUCUUAGAGCCUGGACAAACACAAACAAGUGUUUCAUGAUGAAAUACCAUUAAUACUUUCUAUACUUUUAAGUUUGCCUGUAUAUACAGUAUGUUAUGUCACUGUACUUUAGUUUUACUGUGCUUCCUCAGGGUUUUGCUCGUCCACGUCUUAAUUUAUUUUUAUUUUAAUGGGGACCAUGAGAGAAAAUUGUAUUCAAAACCAAUGUGAGUAACUAUAGCUAUUUAAUAGCUAUACUAUUUAUUUGUAUGCAGUGUGAGCAUCUGUACAAACUUCUGCCAUUUCAUCUUCAUAAAUAAAUAACAACGCUGAUGAGCUUU